AUGCUAGUGCAGCCUUAUAACCUAAUGGCUCAGGGCUUCCUUCUCUUCCUCUUAUUCUCUUACAUUAUAUCUACAAAUAUUCUUGCGUGCAAACACACAGAACGCAGCUCCCUCCUGUCCCUUGCCUCCACUCUAUCUUCUCCUCUUUUAAAUUGGACAUCCAUGGAUUGCUGUCAUUGGGAGGGCAUCACUUGUAAUCAAGAUGGUUGGGUCACCCAUUUGCUCUUGCCUUCCAAAGGGCUCAAAGCAGGUCUCUCUCCUUCUCCACUUGGAAAUCUCACACAUCUCACCCACUUGAACCUUUCCCACAAUUCACUAUAUGGUUCACUUCAAACUCACUUCUUCUUGUCUUUAAAUCGACUUGAGAUCCUUGAUUUGAGCUAUAACCGUCUUUCUGGAGAGCUACCACUUUCUCCACCAUCCAGCAAUAUCCGGACAGUUGAUUUAUCCAGCAAUCACUUCUUUGGUGCAAUUCCAUCUUCAUUCUUCCAACAAGCAAGCAACUUGACUAAUUUCAACGUCAGCAACAAUACCUUCAAAGGGUAUGUCCCAUCCUCUAUUUGUCUCCAUUCUUCUCCCUUCCUUAGGCUAUUGGAUUUUUCUUCCAAUGAAUUCAAUGGCAACCUUGCUCCUGGGCUAGGGAAGUGUUCCGAACUGCAGGUUUUUCGUGCGAGUCACAAUAACAUCUCAGGAUUACUUCCAGAAGAUAUCUAUAAUGCUACCAAACUUGAAGAACUUGCAUUCCAUCUCAAUUCACUACAUGGAGCCAUUAAUGAUAAAAUUGUCAACCUCACCAACCUUGCCAUCCUUGACCUCUCCUUUAAUCAAUUUAGGGGCGAGCUUCCUCUCAAUUUGGGUAAGCUCUCUAAGUUGAAGUUUGUGACCCUUGAUUUCAACAAUUUGAAAGGUUAUUUGCCCCCAUCUUUGAUGAAUUGUACAAAAAUUUUAGAACUACAUGUGCAAUCCAACAACUUGAAAGGAGAUAUCUCCAUGCUUGAUUUCUCGAGACUUAGUCAACUUACUAAACUUGACCUGAGGCACAAUAAAUUCACUGGUACAAUUCCAGUAAGCCUUUACUCAUGUCGGUCUCUAAAAGCCAUUGGAUUGAGUGAUAAUUUUCUAGAGGGACAAAUACAAGCUAAGAUUCUUUCAUUCAAAUCCUUGUCCUUCCUCUCGCUUGGUUACAACCGAUUCACCAACCUCACAGGGGCAAUGAAGAUAUUAAUGAGUUGCAAAAGUCUCCACGUACUCUUGCUUACUGGUUCCUUUAAAGGUGAGGGAAUGCCAGCUGAUGAUGACAUGGUUGAUUUUGAUGGAUUCCAAAAUCUUUUGUUUUUGAGUUUGGCUUAUUCUAACCUCACUGGUCAAAUACCUGUGUGGUUAUCAAAGCUCAAGAAUCUACAGGUCUUGGAACUAGAUUUUAAUCAAAUUACAGGGCCAAUUCCAAGUUGGUUGGGAACACUUCCUAGACUUUUUUCUAUAACCUUGGCACACAACCGAAUUUCAGGUGAAUUUCCAAAGCAACUUUGCAGACUACCAAGGUUGGUUUAUGAACCUAACAUUGCAUCUAAAGUAGAAACUUUUGAAUUUGAAUUGCCUCUCAUCAACGGUGGAUCACAUCCAAAUUUUCUAUCACACAAAUUGUCGUUUUUGCUAGGCGGGAUAGACUUAUCCAACAAUAACCUAGAUGGUGAUAUACCUAUUGAGAUCGGCCAAUUGCAGUUUAUCCGCGCGUUGUAUCUUCACUCCAACAACUUCUCCGGCAUCAUUCCAGACCAAAUAUCUAACCUCAAGAACUUAGAGAUUUUGGAUCUCUCCGUGAAUAAUCUAUCUGGAAAAAUCCCAUCCUCAUUGGCGAGCCUUAAUUUCAUGAGGGCAUUUGAUGUCUCGUACAAUAAUCUCCAAGGACCAAUACCAACAAGCACUCAGAUCCAAAGCUUCAACGCUGCCUCAUUUGAGGGGAAUCCAAAACUUUGUGGUGCCCCGCUUCCAAAUGAAUGCAGACCAAAUAAGGACAUUGAUGCAGAAUACAAGAACAACAAAGACGUGGACAAUGGGCUUCACCAACUUCCGUGGUUUUAUAUUUUUGCUGCAUUGGGGUUUAUAUUGGGAUUUUGGGGAGUCUGUGGUUCUUUAAUUAUUAACAAGACAUGGAGAUAUGAGUAUUUUCGAUUCACAGACAAUCUACAAAAUAGGCUCUAUGUGAUGGUAAUAGUGUGCAUCAACACGAUGAAAAGAAGGCUUAGAAGCUAGAUAUAUAUAUUAUUAAUAUUGUACUUUUUAUUUUGCUUUUCCUUUUUUUAUUUUGUGUCACUAAUGUAAUAAGGCUUAGGCACAGUUUGUUCUUAUAAUUACGUCUUCUU